AUGGUCAAGGCCAAAACAGACAAUUCCCGCAGGGAGGGUGAGAAUUCUGAACAUCCUGCGAACGAGGAAGACCGUGGUCUGCUUUCAGGCAAUUCCUCAGAAGACGAAGAAGACAUCGUAGUCCACCCCGGUCAACCCAACUCUCCCGAACCAGAACUACGAACACCACGAACCCCAAACCGUGUACGCUUUGACCUGCCUCCCAUCGAUACCUCUCCUGCUCCAAAUGGCGCCCCUCCUCCUUAUAACGACUCCCCCCUCUCCGGCCGCCGCUCGCCCCGCCAACAGUUCACCCCCCUCCUCACCGAUAUCGAAGCCCCCUCGGUCAACCUAGCCAGCAGCCCCUGGGGCGACGAAGAUGUAGAUGGCUGGGCAGAACGGGAGCGCACGCGCCCGAAAUCCGGGCUCCGGUCUGCGUUCAUGAACAUGGCGAAUUCCAUCAUCGGAGCUGGCAUUAUCGGCCAACCGUAUGCGUUCCGGCAAGCGGGCCUGCUUACGGGCAUUAUAUUGCUUAUAGGCCUGACCAUUACGGUGGAUUGGACGAUUCGGCUUAUUGUGAUCAAUAGCAAGAUGAGUGGGAGUAAUAGCUUUCAGGGGACGGUGGAGCAUUGCUUUGGGAAGACGGGGUUGAUUGCUAUUUCUGUUGCGCAGUGGGCUUUUGCGUUUGGCGGCAUGGUGGCGUUUGGGAUUAUUGUUGGGGAUACGAUUCCGCAUGUUUUGGCGGCUAUCUUCCCUGGGCUGGGGGAUAUACCGGUGUUGGGUUUGUUGGUCAAUAGACGGGCUGUUAUUGUUAUUUUUAUACUGGGAAUAAGCUAUCCUCUCAGCUUGUAUAGAGACAUUGCAAAGUUGGCGAAAGCAAGUACUCUUGCUCUGAUCAGCAUGAUAAUCAUCUUAUUUACGGUCGUCACGCAAGCAUUUAUGGUCCCAAAAGAAUCUCGUGGGGAAUUCACUACCCCGCUACUUACUCUCAACGGUGGCAUCUUCCAGGCUAUUGGUGUAAUAUCUUUUGCAUUUGUCUGCCAUCAUAACUCACUCCUCAUCUACGGCUCGCUCAAAACUCCAACCAUCGACCGCUUUUCCCGCGUAACACAUUACAGCACCGGCAUAUCCAUGCUCGCCUGUCUCCUCAUGGCCCUUGCCGGAUUCCUCACCUUCGGCUCUCUCACCCAGGGAAAUGUGCUCAACAACUUCCCCACCGACAACACCAUGGUCAACAUCGCGCGUCUCUGUUUCGGGCUGAACAUGCUAACGACUCUCCCGCUCGAAGCCUUCGUGUGCCGCGAAGUCAUGUUCAACUACUGGUUCCCCCACGAGCCCUUCAACAUGAACCUGCACCUCAUCUUCUCCACAUCCCUCGUCGUCAGCGCCAUGACGCUCUCCCUCAUCACCUGUGACCUCGGUGCCGUCUUCGAGCUCAUAGGUGCGACGAGUGCCUGCAUGUUGGCGUAUAUACUGCCGCCGUUGUGUUAUAUCAAGUUGAGUACGAGGAGUUGGAAGACGGUUCCGGCGAUGCUUUGUGUGGCGUUUGGGAGCGCGGUUAUGGGCAUUAGUCUCAUCCAGGCGGUGGCUAAAAUGAUUCGGAAUGAGGGGGGUGUUGCAAAAUGCAAUUAG